CAUGCACAAUUAGUCUAAAAAUAUUUAAUACAAUUUUUAAUUUUAGCCCCGGCGAAAGAGCGGUUCUUGUAAAUUCCCAACGCAGAAACCCUACUCGCAAGCUCGAGAGAAAUCAUGGCGAACUCCGAACUGGGCUUCCUCAGGGAGGUGGAGCUCCGCCUCCUCCGCUGCACCUUUCCCGAGAACUCCUCGGCCGCCGCCGCGGCGCCGCCCCCGCCGCCACACCCGCGGAGCUCCCUCCUCCCCCUCGUCGACUCCCUCGUCGCCGCGGUCGAGCGCGGCGACUACGCCGCCGCGCUCUCCUCCGACGCCGCGCGCGCCCCCUUCGCCUUCGCCGAGUCCUGGGAGUCCCGGGACUCGGCGGAGUGCGCCGCCCGGUUCUACGCCGAGGCCGAGCGCAGCGCCGAUGCCUUCUUGCUCGGCGGCGCCGCGGACGCGUGGCUUCAGGUUCUCGACGCCGACGAACAAUCGGAACGAUCCGAAGAACCCGACCUCGGUGCAGAGUACAAGUGCGCGCUCCUACUCUGCCUCGGCGUCGCGGCGAUCCUCGCGUUCACUCAGCAGAACGUGACUGGGCCUACAGGGGAGUUUUCUCCUUUUCCGAUUCCGCUGAAGAAGGAAGGAUGUAGUAGUGGUGGAGGACAAUGGGAUGUGUGGGCUCGGAAUCAGCUUGCUUCUGUUUGCUCCGUGCAGGGGAAAUUCUCGCUGUUACAGUAUAUUGUUUACGCAAAGGCUUUAUUCAGCAAGAUAAAGAAUUUGUCCUUUGAGGGUAAAAAUUCUUGCAGUAGCAGAAGUGUAUCAUGGUGGCUGUUUCGAACUGUUCUCCUCCAGCAAAAGAUUUUGGAUGAGCGUGCAUCUUCUUUAUACGACCUAGUGCAGUCACUUAAGAAUGAAGUAUUGCUUCAAUUUGGCAAAUUGGAAGAGGUUUCUAAUUAUUGGGGAAAUAUGUUACGCGACGGAGAAGGUUUAACGAUUGUAUCAGUCAGUCAAUUAGAAGCAGGGAUGGCAGAGUACCAAUAUGAUCGGGUUGAUUCUUCAAGAAUGCAUCUUAAGCAUGCUGAAGAAGCAUGCAACCUAUGCCUUUCUCUUACUGGGGUUCUUGGCUUUCGGACAGUACACCAGGUGGACGCAAAAGCUCAGCUGGUACUUAUUGCAAAUACAAAUAAGCAAGCUACGGAUGACGCUAGUCGGAUAGAACCCUGUCAAACCCAGAAUGAAGCUCCUGCUUUUGAAGACAAAGAGAGUUAUAUUUCUCACGAAGAGUAUAAUUCCUGUGAGGUAUUAAGAACCCCAAGAUUGCUGGAGAGUGAAAUCGCUGGUGGUAUCAAUGGAAAUACAACUGAAUCCAUUAGCAAUCAUUCAUUAACAGCGAUUCAGCAAGCUGUUGUACUCGCUCAAUGCCUGCCUCUUGGACGAAGUAGUCGUGAUGAUGAACUGUCAAAGUGGGAAAUGGCCCCUUACAUAGAGUCUAUCGAUGCUCAACAUCAAUCUUACCCCACUGUUAAAAGCUUUUGUGAAAUUUUGCGCAUUCGGUGGGAGUCCACUCGCAGUCGCACAAAGGAGCGGGCUUUGUUGAUGAUGACUAACUUGGUUGAGAAUAUUGAUAAAGCCCCUCCUGUUGUUGCCCAAAGGAUUCAGUUGGUUUAUGGAGUUUACUUGCCAACCAUUCCGGCAUUGCGGAAAGAUUAUGGUGAGCUGUUGGUUAGUUGUGGUUUGAUUGGGGAGGCACUCAAAAUUUUUGGAGAUCUUGAAUUGUGGGACAACUUAAUUUAUUGCUACAGACUGCUAGGUAAAAAGGCAGCUGCAGUUGAUCUUAUAAAGGCCAGACUUUCUGAGACACCAAAUGACCCGAGGCUAUGGUGUUCACUUGGUGAUGUGACAAACACUGAUAUCUACUAUAAAAAGGCCUUAGAAGUAUCAAAUAAUAAAUCUGCUCGAGCUUUGCGAUCUCUAGCUCGAAGUGCGUAUGAGAGGCAGGACUAUAAAACAGCUAAAGAUCUUUGGGAAUCUGCACUAGCACUAAAUUCCUUGUAUCCAGAUGGCUGGUUCGCCCUUGGUGCAGCUGCAUUGAAGGACCGUGACAUUGACAAAGCAGUGGAUGCAUUUAGUCAUGCUGUCCAGAUAGAUCCAGAUAAUGGGGAGGCCUGGAACAAUAUUGCUUGUUUGCAUAUGGUCAGAAAGAAGAGUGCGGCAGCUUUUAUUGCUUUCAAGGAAGCCGUAAAAUUCAGGAGAAAUAGUUGGCAAGUUUGGGAUAACUUCAGCCAUGUCGCUCUGGAUAUCGGGAACUUUCGCCAAGCACUUGAAGCAAUUAAAAUGGCACUAGAUAUGUCCUCUAACAAGUGGGUCGAUGUUGCGUUAUUUGAUAGGCUGAUUAGGAAGUUUGAAGAACGAUCAUCUAUUCCUGCUCUAGUUUCAUUUGACACCUAUCAAACAAACUUAGCUGAUCCUUUACCUGGCGAUGCCAAUGAGUCUGAGAACUCUGAAUGUGUCCUUGACAAUCCUCGUGAAUUUGAACACUUAUUAGAUAUGCUUGGGAAUAUUCUAAAGCAGGUUGUUCAAAAUGAUGGUAAUGAAGAUAUAUGGGGCCUAUAUGCAAGGUGGCAUAAAAUCAAAGGCAACCUUACUAUGUGCUCUGAAGCUCUUUUGAGGCAAAUCCGGUCACUCCAGGGUUCAGAGCUGUGGCGUGAUAUUGAUAAGUUCAAAAGGUUUGCUCAGGCUGCUUUAUAUCUUUGCAAGGUUAGCAUGGAAAUAGCUUCCUCAACUGGAAAUCGUUCGGAGUUAGUUACAGCUGAGUUCCGUCUAAGAAGUUAUGUCAAGCAGGCGGUGAACUUCUCGGAAACCGAGGAGUUCAGGAAACUCCAAAGCUGCCUGAAUGAAAUUAAGGAGCGACUUGAUACUACUGCUGAGGACGCUUAGGUGGGAUUAUUUUAAAGCUGAACAUGAACUUCGCUUCACAUUCAAGUGGUCAUUUACAGAAUCAAGGCUGGCCAUCAAAUCUCACUUCACUGUGGCAGUUGCCCGAGGGAUCUGGUUCUUACUAGCUACAGUGUUGGUCUGUAUUUUAUGCCUAAAUUAUAUAGGUGCUAUUUAUACCAUGUCUCGAGUUACUCACCAGUUUUAGAGUUACACAGAACACUUUUUAUGUAAAGCUUCUUUUUAUCUUAGACAGAAAUUUUGUUAUAGGCGAAGGAGUUUUGUUAUUUGUGGUAAAAUUAGGAAUACAUUUAUUAAUUAAUCAGUUUGCUCUUCUGAAGUUAUCAAAAGGUGUAACACAAGCAGAAUUUUGUAACCAAGUUGAGCUAAUUAUAUUUAACAUACUCUAGUCUAUA